AUGAACGACGAAAUAGAUAUGAUUAUUAUUUCUUUGUUGUGCGAAGAAGAAGUAAGGAUAGAGCAAGAACAGGCAAGAAAAAAGCAAAGAAUAAGGCUACAUGACAUAUCAAACUCGCGAUUUGAAGAAGGCGAGUAUUAUACGCUUUUGCCACGACUUAAGAAGGAUCCAAUAAGAUUCCAUACUUAUUUUAGAAUGUCUCAAUACAAAUUCAUUGAGUUAUUACAAAUUAUGCAGCCACAUAUACGAAGUAUGGACACACUAUUCCGGAAAGCGAUAGGAGUGGAAGAAAAACUCAUGGUGACAAUAACGUAA